AUGAUGCUCGAGUUCCCUGAGACCGUUUCCAAGUUGAACUUCAAGGCUCCAGCCAAAAAGUCCUCUAGCAAGUCGCAGUUCGACUACCAUGUAUCUGACGCCAAGCUUCCUAACCACAAGCUUAGAGUCAAAAACACUCCUAAGGACUUGGGCAUUGACUCCGUCAAGCAGUACAGUGGUUACUUGGAUGUUGAGGACGAAGACAAGCACUUCUUCUACUGGUUCUUCGAAUCGAGAAACGACCCCAAGAACGACCCCGUUAUCUUGUGGUUGAACGGUGGUCCAGGAUGUUCGUCUUUGACCGGUUUGUUCUUUGAAUUGGGCCCAGCAUCCAUCGGCGCCGACUUGAAGCCUGUUCACAACCCAUACUCAUGGAACAGUAAUGCCUCGGUAAUCUUCUUGGACCAGCCAGUAAAUGUUGGAUACUCCUACUCUUCUCAGUCUGUUUCCAACACCAUUGCUGCUGGCCAGGACGUGUAUGCCUUCUUGGAAUUAUUCUUCAAGCAGUUCCCAGAAUACAACACUCUUCCUUUCCACAUUGCUGGUGAAUCCUACGCCGGCCAUUACAUCCCAGUGUUCGCCAGUGAGAUCUUGAGCCAUGAGGACCGUUCUUUCAACUUGACCUCGGUGUUGAUCGGAAACGGUUUGACCGACCCUUUGACCCAAUACGAAUACUACGAGCCUAUGGCCUGUGGUGAAGGAGGAGAACCUUCCGUCUUGGAACCAGAAGAAUGCCAAGCCAUGUCCAACGCCAUUCCUAGAUGUUUGUCUUUAAUCAAGUCCUGUUAUGAGUCCGGCUCUUUGUGGUCGUGUGUUCCUGCCACGAUCUACUGUAACAACGGUCAGAUGGGUCCUUACCAAAAGACUGGUAGAAAUGUCUACGACAUCAGAACCAUGUGUGAAGGCUCCAACUUGUGCUACAAAGAUUUGGAAUACAUCGACCAAUACUUGAACCAGCCGGAAGUCAAGGCUAAGCUUGGUGCCGAGGUGGACGAGUAUGAAUCCUGUAACUUCGACAUUAACAGAAACUUCUUGUUGGCCGGUGACUGGAUGAAGCCUUACUACAAGAAUGUCAUUGAAUUAUUGGAAGCUAAGCUCCCAGUGUUGAUUUAUGCCGGUGACAAGGAUUUCAUCUGUAACUGGUUGGGAAACCAAGCCUGGACCAACAGUUUGCCAUGGUCUGGAGCUGCCAAGUUUGCCACAGAAAAAAUCAGAACCUGGACAGUAGGAAAGAAGGCUGCCGGUGAAGUCAAGAACUUUGCCAACUUCACCUUCUUGAGAGUGUUUGGUGGUGGUCACAUGGUGCCAUACGACCAACCAGAGAAUGCUUUGGACAUGGUCAACAGAUGGGUUUCUGGCGACCGCAAGUUCUGA